AUGGCAUCAGGGCCUUCAAACAAAGAAAAAGAGAGUGAGAAGAAGGCUGCUAUCAUCACCUACGUAGCUUCUUCUUAUGCUUUGAACUCCAAUGAAAACCCGGGUAGUCUAAUCACCCAGGUUCAAUUGAAAGGAGAAAACUAUGAUGAAUGGGUGAAGGCCAUUCGCAUAGCUCUUAGGGCCAAAGAAGUUUGGCUUUGCAGAUGGAAGCAUUCAACAACCUGCAGAAAACUCACCAGGCAGAAUGGUGAGUCAAUUGCAAAUUACUUUGGACGUCUCAAAUUGCUCUGGGACGAACUCAACAACCUUGAACGGGUGCCUGUAUGUACAUGUGGAGGGUGUAAAUGCAGUCUGAGCAUCCAAUUGGAGAAACGAAAGGAAGAAGAACGAGUUCAUCAGUUCUUGAUGGGCCUUGAUGGAGAACGACCACGAUCUAAUGGUCGAAGUGGAAGUCGGGGCACUCAACAACAGAUUGGACGAGGAAAAAGUGCAACACCAAGAGUCAAUGUAGCCCAAGCUGCUGUAGGUGAAAUCCCUUCUCAAGCUGUCUCGAUGACAAAUACAGAACAGACUGCUAUUGGAGGACUUUCAAAGGAACAAUGGAGUGCUCUCUUGGCAGCUCUUAGUGUCCAUAAACCUGAAACCAACCAACGUCUUUCAGGUAACUUACCAUGGAUUAUUGACACCGGAGCGUCAAACCAUAUGACAGGGACACUCAAUCAUAUGACGAAUGUGAGGACAAUUGAACCAUGUCCUGUUGGGUUGCCGAAUGGAGAAGAAACUUAUGCAGCAAAGCAAGGCACUGUGGUGCUUGGUGAAAAAUUGAGGCUGCAGAAAGACCGCACCUCGAAGACGCUGAUGGGAACGGGUGAACAACGGGGGGGACUUUACUUCUUGAAGAAGGCAGAAUCCAUGCAAAUUAAUAAUGUUUUCAGUUUAUCGCAAGCAAAGUUGUGGCAUCAAAGGUUGGGGCAUCCAUCACCUACAGUUAUGAAUUUUCUUCCUAAUUUUGAAGAUGGUAGUAGUUUGAAUAAUAGACACUGUGAAACUUCGUGCGUAGGAACACCCCAACAAAAUGGUAGAGUGGAGAGAAAGCAUCGACAUAUUCUAAAUGUGGCAAGAGCGUUGCGUUUUCAAGCUAAUUUGCCAAUUGAGUUCUGGGGAGAAUGCAUUCUCACUGUAGGCUAUCUUAUUAAUCGGACACCCACUAAAUUGCUCAAAGGUAAAACCCCUUUUGACAUUCUUUUUGGGCGCUCACCUGAUUAUUCUCUUCUUCGUACUUUUGGGUGCUUGUGUUAUGCGAAGAAUGAUGCUCGAAUUAAAGAUAAAUUUGCAAGUCGUAGUCGUAAGUGUGUGUUUAUUGGUUAUCCAUACGGCAAGAAAGGGUGGUAUUUGCGUGAUUUGGAAAGUGGGGAGCGAUUUGUUUCACGGGAUGUCCAGUUUCUUGAGACCAUAUUUCCCUUUUCUUCUUCACUUACUAAGCAUCGUAUGUCCCCCAUGAUUGAAUACGUUGAUGAUCUUUCCAAUGACCUUCCAGAGACAAUUACUGAAAAUGGGUUUGGGGAUGAUUUUUCUAAUAAUCUUCCAGCAAAUCGCUGA